UAGUAUGCUUCUUUUUCCAUGUUUAUUAAAUAUUUAUAAUGGAGUUAGUUAUAUGUUGGAGGGAAGACACCAAGGUUGGGAUGUCUAAUAUUCUCCAGACAUGUUAAAGGAUAGUAAUCACAUCCUGAUCCCCCGUGAUUAGAGACUAGUAGUAGUAAGAUGGAAGUAAAGAAGAAUGAAAUUUUUUGAUUAUGAUGUGCAUGUGAUAAUUAGUUGGCAAUGCUAAUUUUCUGUUCAUUUAUUUGUUCUUAAUAAUUAGUUAAUUAAUUGUUAGUCUAAUUAACUAUGGGGUACCGUUAUUAGGUGCCGGCAGCGGCACCAAAUCCGGGACAAUACAUAUGUCUCCCUACAUGGAGUGUUCAUUGAUUUUAUUAAUGGAAUCAAUAUGGGCAAAUUCGAUCGAGCGAGUAACGUUGUAACUCAAAUGGUUAAGGAUUGAAUUACUAACUAAGCUCUCACAUGAAAAUUUUCAUAUUUUAAAUAUUUCAUGAUAUAUCCUACCAUUUUUCAGCAAUCCUUUCUUAACAUAUGAAUACAUUCACUAGUUAUAAUUCGAAUAUCGAGAAGGACGAAGAAAAAAAUUGUAACCCUUUCAGUACUACGCGUAGCUCUACCGCGCGCUGACAAAACAAAAAAAUUUGAAGAAUUGGGCCUAGGAGGGCAUAAUGUGGCACAUGCAUUGAGAGGCUCACAACUUUUUGGCGGCCUAAUGAAUGCAUAGUGGCAUGCCAGGGGUGAUAUAAUUAGUGCUAAUUGCUAUAAUUGUGGCUCUCUUAAUUCUGUGGUUAAUUGUGGGCGUUAGUAGAUAGACCAACUGUUGGUGGGGUCCUAACUAAGACUCCAACUCCAGCCCAUAUGCCAACCGUCCAAGUCCGCGGAACAUAGCCAAAAGCUCACAUGCCAAAUUUUCUUGCCUCUCGUUGGCCGGUCAAGUAGAUUAUCGAUGUUGAUCCAUUCCACGUUUAUUAGUUACUCUUCAAGUGAUUCGAAUUUGGAAAUCUAUUUUUGGUUCACAAUUAGUGGUAUUAUUGAUAGACCAAAUCCUUGUUCACGAAGAAUCUUUAAUAAGGACUUGACAAACUGGGUUCGUGGGGAAAUUCGCAUUCAUUGUUCCUAAGUGGUUCGGUUUAGAUUUUGUGUCAUUGUUGUGUAGGUUUUGACUGUGUGAGCUGAUUGCUUGUAGGAGAGUAGUGUAUGUUCACCGUGCAGAGCUGGUCCGGUCCACCGAGUACAUGUUCUUUGGAUCAAAGCCUUGUGAUCAUGUCGGUUUGUUUGUGUCCUUUCCGUUUAAUGAAUCAUCGCCAUUAUUUUUAAAAAAAAGGGGUUCGUGGGAGAUUCAAACACAAAACCUCUCGAUCGUGCUCUUUAUCAUAAACCAAUUGGUUCCAGUAACUGGUGGGAGAUGUUGAGUUAUGAAUCUUAUACCAUUAUACCCUCAAGUUCGCUCCCUCCCAAGUGGCUUGAUUUCAUUGGGCCGGCCGAUGUAGGGUGGGCCGGCGCCGGCGGCCGGCCGGUGUGGUUUAAAAUUGGUAUGCCGUGGUAAAAUUGGGUGUAAUGGGAGUAUGAGGAAUAUGGUAACGGUGGUGGUGGGACAUGUUAUCCCAUGUGCAUGCAUGUGCGCUGUCUUUCUUUCUUCUUCCUCUUCUUCACCACGGUGGCUCCCCACCACCACAGCCACAGCCAGGCCCCCUCUCUUUCCUUUCCUUCCUCUCCAAAUAAAUCCCACGCUCCCUUUUCCUUUACUUCCUUCCUUUCCUCCCACAUUCUCCCCUCUCUCUCUCCUUCCCUCUCUCUCUCUCUCUCUCUCUCUCUACAUUUCUGAUCCUCAGAAGAAGAAUAAGAACUCUCAGUUCUACCUGUAUUAAACAAGAAGGAGAAGGAGGAGAGAAUUCAAUAUAUCUCUCUAGCUUUGGUCAUAUGAUUUCUUACCACUAGUUCACUUUCCUCUUACUCAUCAGUUUCUCCAAAGGAUACAUCAAGGUGAGACUAGCUAGUUUGUUUACAUUUCAAUUUUACUUGAGUAUAUAUAUCUUGAUAUAUAGUUAGCUUCUCAUCAUCCAUAUUGUGAAAUGCGCUUACCAAACCCUAUAUAGCUUAGCUUAGAUAAUAGCAUCGUUCAUGUGUUGCUCUCUUUUUCCUUCUAUGUCUUCCUUUCUUCCAUGUAUGUAGUAUGAAGUCUUGAAUCAACAAAGAUUGAUGAUACACAUCUCUCUCUCUCUCUUUAAUCCGGUUCAUUAAUGGUCGUUUCUGACAAAACAAAAUAAAAUAAUGUCAUUUUCAAGAUUUUGGUUGUACUCGUUUUGAUAACUCAAAAACUGCUUUAAAUACCGGUUAAUUUCUUCGCUUUUGAAUGGUUAACUUCUUCCUUCGAACGCUCUAUCGUUAGAGAAAAUAACCAAACUUUCUUUUCAGUUUCAAUGCAUUGUUUCUUGUGGUAGUUAUACGGGCAAUAUUUGCUCUAAAGUUCGAAAAUGAAUCGACUGUUCGGAUUUUGUUUUCGUGUUAGUGGGUUGAUGGGAAAAAAAGUUCCACCUUAUCAUAUCUAUAGCUAAUUUUGCUAAUAAUUAUCUCUUUUUUUUUUCUUGUGUGUUGGAUAGAGAAUUGCAUUCCCUUAAUUCAAAAAGGAUGCGUCCUCCUCCCAACUCAUCAUCAUUCAAGCGCGAGUUCCUCAAGAAAUGGCUACUCGCACUCCAACUAUGCAACCACAACAACAACAUUAACAAAAACGACGUCGUAAAGAGAAAGAACACGAUCAAGCUCUCCGCCGAAAUCGCCAUGGCCUCCGUCAGAAACGGCGCCACGUGCUGGAGCCGGGCCCUCAUCGCCAAACACUCCUCCUCCUUCCACGUCACCACCAAACCCCGCCACAUGCCGCCGCCGCCGCCACGUCACUACAAGAAGAGGGUCCGGUGCAAGAAGAUCAUAAAGCGGAGCCGGAGGUGCUGCCACAAUAGGUCCGCCGCCGCCGCCGUGGUGAGGAGGAAGACGGCGGUGCUGAGGAAGCUGGUCCCCGGCGGGGAGUUGAUGGACGACGAGGCGUCGUUGAUAAGGGAAACCCUAGACUACGUGAUGUCACUCCGGGCUCAGGUCGACGUCAUGCGGAGGCUGGCUAGAGCUAGCGAUUGUGUCGCGAUGUGUAAUAUUGUGUAAUGAAAGAGGGAACUCAUUAAGUUAUUAAUUCUCUUAGUGGGUUGUUUGAUGAUAUAUAAUUAUAUAUGUUAUUGUUAUUGUUUAUCAUUAUAGAAUAUGUAAUAUAUAUAUGUAGCUAUAGUUAUCGUUUUGGGGAAGAAAGAUCAUAUGAGAAAUGGAAUGGAAGAAGAGGCUGGAGCUAUAUAUACCUUAAAAUUAAGGGCAUGUACAGUCUACAUAUGAAGCAUAUAUAUAUAUAUAUAUAUAUAUGGUGGCGUCUUCGGUGCACCCACUUUUUUGGGUGCAUUCAGUGCACUCACUUCAUAACCGUCAUUUUAAACAUGAGAUUCAUGUCAAAAUGAUGUCAAUCAUCACUUAUGAUGUGAUGAACAAUAACGCACAUGAAUUUGCACAAAAACCAUUGAAGAUUUACUUUAAUUUGAAGGAUUUAGAGUUUGGAGAUUUAGGGUUAGGGUUAGGGUUUACAAUUUGGGGUUUAGGGAUAGAACUCAAAAUUGGAGGUCUAGGGCUUAGGGUAAUCCGCUAAUUAGUUGUUAUCCUAUGUUAUCAUCAUAUUACACUAAUUCUACAAAUUAAAAUUCAAAAUCCGACACCUUAAGACUAGUUUUUGAGUUGGGUGCAUUGAACGCACUCAUUUUUAUGAGUGCAUCAAAGUAGUCACCUAUAUAAAUAUAUAUUAUGAAUUUUGAUUUAUAUAUGUCUCAAGGAAGUAUUUGCUAAUAGAGCCGUCUGUUGCGUAGAUUUUGAAUUUGAAUUCUCGUGGUCAUCUAUCUAAGUAAAUGUUAUGGAUGGUGAUACCCCAAGAUUUGGUUGGAUCACAUUCUUCCUACCUCUUUAAUCGUCAAAGGUCUAUUGAAUAUUCAACAUUAGGGUUAUUAGGUCAUGUUGUAUAUGAGGUUAGUUAUGUCAUGGUUUGUUUAGUAAGAUUGACUAUAUAUGAUUCCUCUGAAGUAUACGGCCCCUGUGAUCUAACACAGCAUCAUGUUAAAGUAUGUGUCUUUGCGUGUUGAUCUUUUCUGCCUAUAUAAUAUCGCUUCAGAGAGAUCGAUCGGCAGUCUGAACACUAAGUACGUACUAUGUUUUGUACAUGUUUAAGAAAAUUAUUACAUACAAGUCUUAAGUAAUAAGUAACCUCCAAAAUUCAAACUUUUAGCGAGUAGGAUAUCUCAAAAUCUCCAUUAGUAAUUAACCGGGGAUAGUUGGAUGACACAUGCACAUUAUUAACUUGGCUAAGGGGUUGAUGUAUUUGUGUACCAUGUGUAGUGAAAUCAUGGAAAACAAAACGUUAGGAGGAUUUCAAAAUCCAAUUACCCAUUUGGACCAAUAGCUCUUAUAGCUAGGCAUUAUAACAUUAUUGAAGCACAUAAUGGAAGGUCGAAAAUGCAUGGUGGUAUAUGCAUUAUGGUGGUAGUGGUCGUGACAUAAGAUAGAACAAUGAAAGGUUUGUUUAUUGGUUUCUAAUGCUUUCUCUAUAACAGAAACCGGUGAAAGGGCCAAAGGGGGCAAAAAACCGUCACCAAAAUAUGUUUAUGUGAUCAGAAAGAGAGAGAGAGAGAGGGCUUCUCCUAUUUCCUAACAUGGUUACAUGAAUUCAUAUCGUGUGAUGGUGACAAGAGAUGGAGAGGUACGUGAAGAAAUAACAAAGUGGGGAUUAUCAAUGUAUCCAUGUUAAAUUGCACGUAAUGACAUAAUCCCUUCUCAUGUGCCAUUCCAAUGAAAAAAUUGAAUGUGU